CUUGUCCUACCUAGACAACAUAUCCUUUCAGACCAACAUCAGACAUCGAAACUACUAAACCAAAGGCAUAAGGUAAGAAACAUGUCUGGGGUUUGGGUUUUCAAGAAUGGUAUAAUUCGUCUGAUUGAAAAUCCUCAAGCGGAUUCUGAUGGAAGGCUAGGCAACUCAAGGCGAAAGGUAUUGAUACACCUACCGACGGGCCAGCCCGUGUCAUCCUACUCCUCCCUCGAGGAAAUCCUCACAGCCUUGGGAUGGGAGAGGUACUAUGGAGGCGAUCCAGACCUGUUCCAGUUUCAUAAACGCUCCUCCAUUGACCUUAUUUCUCUCCCGAGGGACUUCGCCAAGUUCAACUCCGUUCACAUGUACGACAUAGUCAUUAAAAAUCCCAAUCUUUUCCACGUUCGAGAUAUGUGAGUUUGGACAGCUCCUUUCAUGUGUUUUUCUUUCCAUCUCUCCUAUGUCGUCAUAUAUAUAAAAAAUAUAUAAUCCCGCCGCAUGCAUGUGCCUCGUUAAUUGUUUGUCGUGUAUUAUUAUCUUGUAAGAAUGGGCUGUUGAUCCACUAGUUAGUUUUCUUCA